AUGGGAGCAGUCUGUUGUCGUCCUACGCCGGUCGACUUUGAAGGAGAUGUAAAUCUUUUCCAUUUUGUUCUUCUUCGAUGUGUGGGCAAGGGAGCCUUCGGAAAGGUCCGAAUGGUCCAGCACAAGCAGACUCGGGAUCUCUACGCCCUCAAGUACAUCAACAAGAGCAAGUGUGUCAAGAUGAAAGCUGUUGCGAACGUCAUACAGGAGCGCCGUCUGCUCGAGGAGGUUGACCACCCCUUUGUCGUCAACUUGCGAUAUGCCUUCCAAGAUGAUGAGAACUGCUUCUUCGUCCUCGACCUCAUGCUUGGCGGUGAUCUCCGGUUCCAUUUGGAGAGACUGGGAUCGCUACCGGAAGAAGUUGUCCGCUUUUAUGUCGCCGAGAUCGGCUCUGCUCUUUGCUUCCUGCACGAAAACCAUAUCAUGCACCGAGAUCUGAAACCUGACAACAUCCUCCUUGACGAGCGUGGUCACGCCCACCUGACGGACUUCAACAUUGCCGUCCAUUUCACUGACAGAAAGCCGCUGACUGGCGUGGCUGGCUCGAUGGCAUAUAUGGCCCCCGAGAUCCUGAUGAAGCGGGGCUAUUCUUAUCAGAUUGAUUGGUGGUCACUGGGCGUCUGUGCAUAUGAGUUGCUCUUUGGACGGCGGCCAUACCGGGGCAAGACGAACGGUGACUUGACGCAUAGUAUCUCCAGAGACUCUUUAAGGUUCCCUGAGGAUGCUGAACGCAAAUGUAGCCGCCCUGGUCUUCAGGCACUUAAAGGAUUUUUGGACCGGGAUACUACCAGGAGAUUGGGCUGCAGGCCGAACGGCGAGAGCUUCGAGGAAAUACGGAGACACCCUUGGUUCCAGAACGUGGACUGGGAUGGCCUUCUCACCAAAGAGAUCGUUCCUCCUUUCACGCCUGAUUCAAAGAAAGCCAACUUUGACGCUUCGCACGAGCUGGAAGAACUUCUCCUGGAGGAUAACCCUCUAAAGGCGAAACACAGGAAAGCCAACCGCGACGUCAACACGCUAAGCGCAGAAAUGAGACAGAUGGAGGAGCAAUUUACAUGCUACGACUUCAAGAAGAUGCAACGCCGGUCAUAUUACCCGCACAAUCAGCAAAUAGUGUCCAUGUUUACCGCUACCACCAAC